AUGAGGUGCCGAAACAAGUGUUCCGCUGUGAGCGUAAAGAACACCGAUAGGCAUGCAUUUGUAGUGUGUCAAGAUCACAUCAGGUUGCUAGUUUGUCGAAGAAUGAUUAAAGUUGAUGAAGACGACCCAGUGGGAGGUGAGCUGUUUACUUUACUCAACGAUAUUUCCUUCCAAAUGGCACAAAUGUUGAAAUAA